AUGGCGACCUCAAUGGCGGCGGGAGAGGGCAAUGUUGUUCCACCACCUAGCCAGCGGAACACUGCGCCUGUGGUUAGGAAGGUGGGGAGUCGGAUUUAUGAUCCCGUCAAUGGGAAGACUUGCCAUCAGUGUCGGCAAAAGACCUUGGAUCUUGCGGUAGCAUGCAAGCUUCAGAGGAUUAACAAACCAUGCCCGAUUAUGUACUGUCACAAGUGUCUCUGGAACAGAUGCGGCGAGAGGGCUGAGGAAGUAGCGGGUUUGGGGCAGUGGACUUGCCCCAAAUGCAGGGGCAUUUGCAACUGCAGCGUCUGCAUGAAAAAAAGAAAUGAUGAUCCCGCUGGUAUUGCCGCAAAGAAAGCAAAAGCUAGGGGAUUUUCUUCAGUCGCUGAAAUGCUUCUUAAAACAACGGCGGAAGAGAGAGCUGCUGAAAAGGCCUGUUUGGGUUCUACCUCUGCCGAGAAGAAGUCAAAUGAGCCUAACACUCGUCAAAAGAGAAAGCUAGAUUCUGGUAAAAAACAUGAAUCUGAAGGGAAUGGUUCAUGUGAUCUUCCCUUGCCAGAGGGAGAAGCGGUGAGUAGUGUGGGUGGAGUUGAUUUACCCACAGAAGAUGCCGGGAAUGCCUUUCAGUUCAUGGAAUUUUGUGCUACUUUUGGCAAGGUCUUUGAUGUUAACAAGAAGCAAGCUGAACUUAUUCUUCGAGACAUCUAUAAUGUGACAACUGGAUGCAAAGGAGAAUUUUCUCCAAAUAUCCACUUUCAUAUUAACCUCCUCUCUCAUCUACUGGAGGAUCAGGGAAAAGAAUCUGUAGAAAUCAGCCCAUCAGAUGGGGAGAACUCCUGGUUUGAUGCGCUCAAGGAAUUCUUGUCUGCAUCCCAAAGUGUUCUCAAAUCACAGAGAAUUGAUUCUCUUGAGAACACAGAUGAUUAUGAUACUUUCACUGCUUCGGAAAAGCUUAAGCUUUUAAACAUUCUCUGUGAUGAAGCUCUCGUAACUGUAAAAGCGAGGAGCUGGAUUUUAGGAAAUAAUGCAAAACUUGCCAGCAAGGUCGAGGAAGCUAAAGAAAAAGUUAAUGCUGCAAUGGAGAAGGAGAAGCAGUUGAAGCAGAAAAUGAAAGAUGAUAUUGCGCAAGCAAUUAUUGCCCAGGGGGGUGCCCUGCUUUCAAUUUCAGAGCGUGAAGCCAUUGUUUCUGGUACCAAAUCUGAGUUGGAGCAGGCUCGGGCCGAGGUCCUCAAGUCAAAGGCCAUGCUUCCAAAAAAAGCGAAGAUUCCCGAUGCUGUAAGAACAGAGCCAAUAAUCGUUGGCAUCGGUGGCCAUGUGUACUGGAAAUUGAACUGUUUGGGGGAUUCGGAAGUGCUCCAUCAAAAUAAUGGAAAUGGGGAUUCCCUUUCCUUAGACGAGAAAUGGUUCACCCUUAAUGAUGAAGGGAAAGAAGUUGAAAAGCAUGCUGCUUAUGCAAGCAGCGUCAAGCGUAGAAGGCCAAGGAGGACUCUGAAGAGGAAGGAUGCUGAUGCUUAA